AUCAAAACACGAUCCCGCAGGUAGAUGUGGCAGACGAGAGAACCUAAAGGAUUGCACAUGAAGGAGGAGGGGAAAAAAUGUAAAUAAAAAACAUCAAAUAGACAGAAGAAGAACAGGCGAGAUAAGGAUAAAGCGAAAGAGAGUUAUGUUACAGUCUGGUGACGUUAGAGUUGUGGCUGCUGAAUGAGAAGCACAGAAGAAGGAAGUACAGAACUGUUAGCUAGCUGAGGGAGUGGGAGUAAUCCCUUGCAAGAAAGUGGAUAAAGUGACAACGUGAAAGAGAGGAAGAGAGAACCAAGUUAAAGAGAAAGUGGCGGGACACGGCAAGAUUGUUUAAAAUGAAACUGCAAGCAAACACUCACAGGUAGAACAGGUUACAGAGAGACGGCGACACAGUACGAUACUCGAGACAGACAGCAGCAAAAGGAGACAUAACACAACCAUGUUGAUAAAAGAGUACAGGAUAUGUAUGCCUCUUACUGUGGAGGAGUACAGAAUUGGUCAGCUGUACAUGAUCAACAAACACAGCGACGAGCAGAGUGGAGAAGGGGAUGGUGUGGAAGUCAUCCGGAACGAGCCUGAAAUACACCCUAAAUACGGGUCUGGCCAAGUCACUGAGAAGCGUAUUUACCUCAGCAGUAAAUUACCAUCCUGGAUAAAGAAGUUUGUCCCUAUGAUCUUCUAUAUCACGGAAAAGGCUUGGAAUUUCUACCCAUACACUAUCACAGAGUACACAUGCUCCUUCCUUCCCAAGCUGAGCAUCAAAAUCGAGACGCAUUUUGAAAACAACAAUGGGAGCAAUGAGAAUGUGUUCGAAGACAAGCCCACACCGCAAGACAGCGUCUGCUUCUUGGAUAUACUGAGUGACCCGAUUCCGGAAAAGUAUUACAAAAAACAUGAGGACCUGAGCUGCUGGGUGUCAGACAGGACAGGGCGUGGCCCCCUGGUGGAUGGCUGGAGAAAUAGCACCAAGCCAAUCAUGUGUUCCUACAAGAGAGUCCAGUGCAGCUUCGAAGUCUAUGGGUUCCAGGGCCGGACCGAAGAGUUCAUCCACAGGAAUAUCCGUGACAUCCUGCUGGUAGGACACAGACAGGCAGUAGCAUGGAUGGACGAGUGGCAUGGGAUGAACCUGGAGGAAGUGAGGGAGUUUGAGAAGCAGCUGCAGCAGAAAACGAACCAGAAGAUGAAGGAUGGCAUGAGCAUCUCAGGCUCAGUUGCUCCUGUACGUCCCUCCUUCUCGCGCUCGGUCUCAGUCACGGAUGCUUCGUCACUGAAGAAGAUGGGGGUGAACACCGUGGAUAUUACAGACUCUUCAUCAUCAUGUUCCUCCACAUUCAAGAGCCCUCAGAGGCUGAAUUCAUCAUCAAACUAAUGCCGCACUACUGCCUGUUAAAUCAAACACACCUGCCUGUUACUUUCCAAAGCUGUUGAAGAAUCCAUUAGGACAUGCACAAUCAGCAAUAUGUUUGAAAUCUAUAAGCUAUGCACAGAUGUGGUUUUUUUUUUUUUACUGUUGCAAAUUCAUUCUCUCUAGCUAGUUUUCUCUAUCAAUCAUAGAUGAUGAAGGUAAACCUCUUCCUCAAAAACACAUGAAGCAACCACAUCUGUAUGAACUGCUGCUACAUUAAACAGACAGUGCUUCCCAGCUGCAGUAGCUAUCCUAUAUCUAUGCCUUAGAGUAGCUGGGCUUGUUCAGAUAGACAUAGAACAAAAACCUUACCAUUCAUCCCACCCUCAAGCACUACCAGUUAUACUCAUUUGAGCCUGCCAGUUAUAAACAGCGUUGACAAUGUCAGUGAAGUCAAAAACCUUAGACAAACUGACAUUCUCUUCAUUAAACCCUGCUAGCAUUCUAUAUUGUUUACACACACUAACACCUCCUCAUUUGCUUCUCCGUUUGACCCAGAUCGACAAUUUGUCUUUACAUGCCUCCAGGCCUGCUUCAUUAAAACUUAACUAUCUUAUACCAUUAACAGGACUCACUAAUGCACCAGCAAUACCUACAGUACUGUCCACUUCCUGCAUACGUUCUGUUUUUUUGCCGUUUUCCUGUGCAGGAUUUUUAGAUCUGCAAAACAAAGAGGUAUUUUUUUAAUUAGUCACACUAUGGUGCACAUUGUAUAUUUCGAUUUGACAUUGCAAAACAAUACCUGAUCUUGUGAAGAAUGCACAAUUAUGCCUGUUCAGUUGCAAUGUAGACAUAUGGCAUCAUUACUGAACAUGCUAAUGGGUUGAGUGGAACACACAAGGUUAACCUUGUUAGAUUUUUUUGAUAUAUGUAAAGUAUGAGCACCAAUAUUACAGUCAAAAAACAAACGUGUAUGUAACUAAAGUCUGACCAGCUGUUUUUGCCUGGAUAGAAUAGAUAGCAUUGGUCCCGAGAUUUUAAUGCCUAACUGAAAACCUUGGAUAAAUGGCCCUACCUAUCCUGAUUAUUAGAUACAGGCAGAUCUGCAUGUAUUCAAAUGGGAACCACACAAUUAUUUUAUGGAUUUAAUAAUAGAAUAAGAAAAAAACAACUCAGGGAUUGCAUUGUUUUACUCUGAUCUUUUAGUUCUCAUUUUGUUAAAUUUACCUACUGUUAUGUUAAUUACUUCAUCAAAUCAAAGUGGACAUAUCCAGCUAAAUUGCCAGGAAAGUUGAUCCCAUCCAGGGUGACUUUUUUCACAAUGAGUCCAGGGUUAUUGGGACAGGUUUCGAAUCCACAGUGUCCCUGAUAAAGUGAAAGAUAAAGAUGAAUGAAUUGGUGUCCAGCCACCAGUUUACUCAACUGAAAGAAAGAGUCAUGCUACUUUUAAAUGACUUCGAAUAAGUUUUUUUUCCCUCUGUAUUUGUAUUGUAUUUAAACACUUUCCAAAACUGUUUGGAACUACACCAUAUUGCCUUAAUAUCUAGUCCAGUCUCUUUUUAUGUACAUAUUUACCAUUAGUUAGAGUCUGAUUUGCUGCCUAUUCAUUUUUUUAGCUACCAGAAUUCUAAUCUUAUCAAAAAAUCAUAUAUAGCCAGGCUAACAUUAUGAAUCAUAGCCAUUUAUUGUUAGCAAAUAAGCAAACUUACCUCAGUACACUUUUUAAAAAAUGUGAGAGUUCAUGGCUUCCAUGGAUGUGAAGAAAACACCCUUUAUUUGAGGCUUUCUUUCACUCUUACAUACCAAAAGCUUUUACUGAGGCAGAGCCAGAGAGGCUUUCCCUCCACUUCAACACUGCUUUAUCUAUUUUCACACACUGGAUCAUGUUUUGUUUUUUGUUUUUUUUGCAUUGAUGACUUUAAUUGAAUGCCUCAAAUUGAAAUGUAUAAUAAUAAUGUAUAAUAAAAAAGGGCAGAUGCACA